ACUCGAUAUAAAUCCGGUCUGUUUAUUUUUUUGCUUCUUGUUUUUUCAGCGCACAUCAAAAUCUCCCUCUCUCCCUUCAGUUGUGUUUUCUUUUUUCCUUUGUCUCGAUUUCAACCAAAUUCACACCAAUUCACACCAAUUCAAUCCAAUUAAUAAAAAAAAACCAAUUUUGCAUCUUAAUUCAGCCAACAUAUAAGAACCCUAACCAUGUUCCAAAACAAGAGUUCGACCAUGCCGCUGCGCCAGCGCAUACCAGUCCACCGCCAGACCGCUGCUGCUGUUGGUGCCGUCUCUGCUAUCACUGACGAAAACAGUGUGGCCGCACUCGGUGUGGCAGCUACUCACUCAGCCAAGGAUAUCGAACCUGCUACCAAACCGGGUGUAGUGGCUAAACCCCGCAGUGCACUGCAAAUGCCUACUACUUCCACCACCAUUGGUAUCAAGACCACUACAACCGUUACUGCCAAGACCUUUGUCCAACCUGGCGUUGUCUCUACUGCUUCGACUACUACGAGGGCUCGUAGUGCAUUGGGCGAAGUAGGGAACACAAAGGCCCAGGCGAAUGUCUCGAGACUGCCGCGCCUUGCCGAGUCUUCCAUCCCAACAAACGUUGUCAAGCCUGCAAGCAAGCCGCCGGCCUAUGGUGGGGGGCCCACUCGCGCGCGCCAGGCCAGUGCUAUUGCGCGUCCGUCUGCUGCAUCCCGGGUCGCCGGAGUGAUGGGUCCGCGUCCAAUCAGCAAGCCGGCAGCUAAUUUUGGAGCGCGUCGUCCGCACCCUGUGGUUGUCACAGCAGCGGCCGCCGUUGUGGCUGCCACCACGAACAAGCGCUCUCGCGUCGAAGCCAUUGCCGAUCAAACCUCGGUUGCCUUGGGAAAACACACGCGUAGCGGACGCGUCACCAGCAGGCUUGUGCGCAGCGAUAGUGCGGCCAGCAUGGCCAGCACGGCCAGCAGUUUGGACAUCCGCGGAUACGAGUCCGAUGACCGCAUGAGCUACGAGUCGGAUCAGAACAUGAGCGUGGACUGCGCCUCGACGGCCGUUGGCAGCACAGUCAGCCUGGUUCUUCCGCCCAUCGAGCCUCUGGUCCUGAAGACCUCACUUACAGAGGAUGAAACCGAGGAAAGAAAGUUUGUCGCCAUUGAUACCAUCGACUACGCUCUGUCUCACACGGGCUGUAUGAGCGAGCACCCCAUCAUCAUGACCGAGAUUAACGCGUUCGAGGACGACGUUGACCCGAUGGACCAGACGCAGAUUCCAGAGUAUUCUGAUGAGAUCUUUGGGUACAUGCGCGAGCUUGAGGCGCGCCUGAAGCCCAACCCCGAGUACAUAAAAAAACAGAAGACCUUUGAUUGGACAACGCGUUCGGCGCUGGUUCUCUGGCUGGUCGAGGUCCACCAUCGCUUCGGCCUGCUCACCGAGACGCUCCAUCUCUGCGUCAACUUCAUCGACCGCUUCCUCUCGGUCAAGGAGGUGGCCAUAGGCAAGCUGCAGCUGGUUGGAGCCGUCUGCCUUCUCCUGGCGUCUAAAUACGAGGAGACGCAUAUCCCCAGCAUCAAGGACAUUAUUUUUAUGGUCGACAAGAACUUUUCCGAGGACGAUAUUCUGCGUGCCGAAAGGUUCACGCUCAGGAUGCUGAACUUUGACCUGGGCUGGCCCGGGCCCAUGUCAUUCCUCCGGCGCACAUCCAAGGCCGACAACUUUGACAUCACCACACGUACGCUGGCCAAGUACUUGAUUGACGUGACCCUCAUCGACCACCGCUUCAUUGACAUUCCGCCAAGCAAAGUGGCGGCCACUGCGACAUACCUCUCGAUCAAAUUCCUAGGCAAGGGCGUGUGGACCAGGGCACAUGCCUUUUACUCUGGUUACUUUGAGAGCGAGCUAAUGGAUACUUCCAUUUUGCUGAUCGAGCAGCUUUUGAAUCCCAGAAAGCACAGGUCGAUCUUUGAAAAGUACAACGACAGGAAGUUCAUGAAGGCCUCGGAGUUCACUUAUCAAUACCUUAAGGCUCAUGGGUAUGAGAGGCUUCUGGCUCCCACUGCCCAUGAUUUGGUUCCCAACCCUAUCUCUGGUCUUUCUCUUGCCAGUGGUGUAUGAUUUUUCCAGCUUCAUUUUUUCUUUUUUCUUUUUCCAGCAAACUUUUUUUUAAUUUUUGAAAAGCCAUUAUUUUAUUUUUGUUGACUAUAUUCAUAUUCAAUUUAUUUUUACAUAUAAACA